AUGAUUUUUUAUGUCAGUUUAGUAAUUUCUACUAAGUUUUCAAAUGAAUUGACGCCACAUAACAGAUUAAGACGUUGUUCUGAUGAUUUAGGUGAAUCGGAAAUUAUGAAAAAAGAUGUUAAUCAUGAUCAUUCUCAAUAUGCAAAACAACAGGACAAUGCUUUGCUGAAUUUAUCCAUACAAAUACAUUCUAUUUUGAUCCUUGGUAAAGCUUUUAAUAUUAAUUUUAAUAGUGCCUUUAAUAUAGAACAGAAUUACAUAGUUAACAACCAAUCAAAAAUAUUUGAGAACAAUGAAAACACUAACGAAUCAUCGAGUAGUAACGUUUGUCAAAUCAAUAAUUUUGUUUUUCCUAUUUUUGAUCGAACUACUUCAAAAAGGAAAGUUUUAAGAGCAAAAAGAACUUUACAUGAUGAGCAAGUAACAAAUACAAAUUCUUUUGACCCUUUUCCUAAUAAUACCGAAACAUCGACAGACUUUAAUUAUAAAAAAAAUGAUAAUAAUAAACCAAUUUCAAGUGUUAAAGAGAAAAAUUUAUUUUUACAAACCAAAAAUCAAGCACUAUUAGCAAAAGAAAGUGUUGCGCGUGACAAAAAUUUGGUUUUACAAUCUACAGACGCAAAGCCAUACAUUAAUUUAAAUUACUGCGAAAAAGAAGAGAAUAAUAUUACAGGUUUUAACUCAAACGAAAGUCAAGCAGAGAAAGCCUUUUCAAAUAUUAAUAAUUCAGAUAUCGCUAAACAAUUUAAUAAAAGAAUAUUUUUAAAUGAGCAUAAAAAAAAAAGAAACGAAAAAAAAGCAAAAUUGAUUGAAGAUUUACAUAAAUUUGAGAGCAGUUUGAAGUAUCAACAAGACGUACAAAAAAAUGUUUUUACUUCUGAAACUUCUAUUUUUGAAUCAAAUUUUGAAAAACCUUUAAAUGAACAAUUUUCAAUGUUUUCUUUAAAAUUUUGUGCAAUAAGAUAUAAAGGAAAAGUUCAACCUAGUCUUUUUCCAAAUAUUUUUGAUUUAAAAUGGAUGUUCAACGAAUUUGUUUACAACCAAUAUAUGAUUAUUGUAAGAUAUUCAAUCCAAUACAUUAAUGAUUAUAAUGAAAAUUUUUCUAGAAAAGCUUAUGAAAAUUAUAUUAAUGGGUAUAACCUGAGACUUGAUUUUUUAAAGGAAACAACUAGUAUAAGUAUUUCAAAUCUAAGAGAAUGCAUUUAUUCCUUUGAUAUAUCACAGGAAUCUUUUAAUAUAAUAGAUUCUUCGCUUCAUUUUAUAAAAAUGAUAUUUGACUAUGUUUGUUAUCAAAAAAUUGAUCCUAUAAUUUUUUCAAACCUUAGUUUAACCAUACAAAAUCAUAUAAAUGAAGUAAUAUUAAAAAGGAUAAUAUUAUUAAACGCAGUAAAUAGAAUAAAUUUUAUUCUUAUUGUUAAUCAAAUUGAAAAUUUAUUGCGUUAUGAGAUAAUUGAUUUUGAACAACAACAAAAUUUAAAAUUGUGGCUAGAACAAACUAAAAAAAGCACAAGACUUAUUAAAUUGGCGCCGGCAUAUUUUAACUUCUAUCUUGAUAUGAUAUUAGAUCUAUUAUUACCAAAUUUUAGUUUUAAUGUUGGAAGCCUGCAAAAACUUUAA